AUGGGAAAGAACACCAAAUUUGUCGCAGCUUUCAUCGACGACAUCUCGGACAGCAAGCUGUCCGGCUUCCCCAGCCAAGCUACAACAAUCGCCAAAGACCAAGACUUCCGCUUGGACAUGCAGGGUGUGCAGAUCAACAACCAGACCCGCAUCACUUCGCUCAAGAAAGCCGCACCAAGAACUGUUGCACAUGUCUUGGUGCCCACGGAUGAUUCCUGGACGCCGCAGCAGAUCAAGGAUGCGUUGACCAACAGCAUCAAUAUCUAA